UCGCCUGGUGCCCGCGACGCGGUCAGUGGGUCAGAACAAAGCUCUUCAAGCAGACAACCUUCCACAUUUUCCCAUACCUCUACUACUGAGCCAACAGGGAAUACCACAUUCGUGUCUUCCGUCAAUAGAAAUGAAUCUUCCCACAGCACUGUGAAACCAUCUACAAACCCAGUUUCCCCAGUGACAAACACCACCUCGAAAUCCUCAGCAAAGCCAUCAACUCCAGUUUCUUCAAAAAGCGUGACAGCCGCCACCUUGAAACCCACAGCAACUUCUCAGAUGACAACACAAGGGGUCUCAGCAAAUAUGACUUCCACCACCUUAAAGUCUACACCCAAAAUAACAAGUGUUUCACAACACACAUCCCAGAUGUCGACAUCCACGAUGGCCACAACCCACAACAGUUCAGUGACAUCUAUUUCUUCAUCGGUAACAAUCACAGCAACUAUAAAUUCUAAAGAAAAUAAAGGAUCAAAAUUUGAUAUUGGCAGCUUUGUCGGUGGUAUUGCAUUAACACUGGGAAUGUUAUCUAUUCUUUACGUUGGAUGCAGAAUGUAUUAUUCAAGAAGAGGCAUUCAGUAUAGAACCAUUGAUGAACAUGAUGCCAUCAUUUAAGAAAAUCUAAGGACCAACAGAAAGAAGAUUGAUGCAACCCUAUCGAUUAGUUUAAGCCAAUAUUCUCUUUUUUAAAAUAGUAUGAACAGGUCAUGCACAUAAUGUACAAUGUAUUACAUAAAUAUUCCUCAUGCUUACUAAAGGUAAAAAAGGUUUGGUUUGGGUUUUUAAUGAACAUUUGGAGCGUACAGUUAACACAAUAGUUAUAUUCACUUUUAGAAAAUAUAUAAGACAAGUCCUGUCGCAUUUUUCUUGUGGCAUUGGUCACAUAGGGCCAGUAACUGGAAGACAUAUCAAAUAGGAGCUUGUCACAACACUCAGGAUGUUGACUGUCUUUAGAACUUAGUGCUGCUCAGAGCUGGAUAUAGUUCACUAAUGCCACAUAGCAGAAAUGUUACGAGUAAACCAGGUCUUAAGCAUGAUUUUAGUUUGUGUCUCUUUAGAAAGCAUCAGUAUUUUAUGUUUUAAAGCAUAAUAUUUGGUUUAGAAACAAAAUGCACACACACCCGAAAAAAAAAUCAAAUAAAAGCAGAAACCUUACUGGGGCUUAACCCUGUUAGCCGGUAUAUUUUUUUAAAAACUCCUUUCAAGCUUUCAAUAGCAGUUGAUAUAAUUAUCUUUUUUCCCUCUGUGAUUUCAGCAAACUGCAGUGUUUAACGUGAUAGUGUUUUAAAGACUUAGCUGUUAGUAUUAAAUAAGUUAGAUUAUUUGCUACUGUGAGAAUAGCCUCACCACUGGAAAUUGCUUUUUUUAUACCCAGCUAUUAAUUACAUGUUUAGUGAAUAUUUAAAGAUAUGUAGAGCUGCUUUCAAUAUAUAGAAAUGUUUAAUGCAGCAUAAACACACGUAACUUUAAAAUAAAAGUCCCUUACAUGAUUUCCAAAUAACAUUUAGCACUCUGUCUAGUCAGGACUGUAGAUUAAUCUGUUCCUCAAGCCAAGGACUGUAGAGUCCCCCCCUCAAGCUACUAAACCUAUAAGAUGAAAAUAUUAUAUUUUUCUGCACUGUAAAAAGUUUGGGGAAACUGCAUUUUUAUAUUAAAACACCAAUGUAUUUUGGAAUAAUUUUAAAACAGGAAUUCCUUAUUGGGGUAUUUUUCCCACCACUCCUCUUUUGCUGAAGAGGAGGCACUUUUAGAUGUAUUGUUAGUGGAGAGAAAAAGCAUAGUACUGUGGGGACACUAAUAUUAGCCAACAUUUGAGUGUUUUCACUUUUCCAGUUUAUAUUUCCAGCACUCAAAACUCAGGGUCAAGACAAAAGAGGUAUUUAGUCAUAAGAUAGCAUUUCUUAGAUUAGUCAAAGUAAAUCAUACCAAUUUCUAACAGUCUAAAAAUGAGCUAAGAUGUCCUAAUAAACAUGAACCUGCAUUUAAUAGAAAUUAAAUAUAACUUUCGUUGUCAGCUUUUGCUUUAUAGAGAAUGCCAUAUACAAAUUUUUAUAUAAAAGGGUCAUUUCUGCUCACUGCAGUAUGGCCAAUUGAUGUGAUGAAUGUGGAUGAUAAAUAUUAUCCAAAGUAUGGAUAUGACAGGAUGUGUACAACACAUGCAAUAUGGAAGAAAUAUUACGAAAAGCAUGUGUUUACAUUAGUUUGAGAAAAAUGUGGGCUGAUAGGUAAGUUGUAUGUGACUAACUCAUCUUUAAUAGUAAUAGGGGCCUUUUAAAUUUAAGUUGUUUUGUCCCCUUUGUUCUUGAUAUUUCAGUACUGAAAUCAGCCAGAACUUUGUAGACAGGCCUAGAAUUUUCUUGAGUACUUCUUUCUUUAGCACUUUGAAGAUAUAAAACCACUUUUUAAGUACUAAAUGUUAUAUGCCUUUAGUGCCCUGUGCUUUGGGUUUGAAAUAAUUUAGUUGAAUUUUCUCUGUAUAUAAGUUGUAUAAUUUGUUACUUUUAAAUACCAGUACUUCAGUACAGUCAGGUUUUUUUUGGUUAUGUGUAAAAAUUGAGAGAAACGGGGAUACAAGCCAAUAGUUUGCUUUGUAGCACAUUUCCUAAUUAUUUUCCUAAUUAUGUUUCCUUAAAGCAAAUGUUCAAUUUUGUUUGCAUUCUUUGAGAAUGUAUUUAACUUGAAGAUAAAAGCAAUCCAGAUGUAUAUAUUAGGCAGAAUCCAAUCAAUGAUCUAAAUUUUUCAUUAAUUAAUCCAUAAAAUAAAUAAAUUCAAAUACAGAUAAAUGAGAGUUGGCAGUAUAUUACAAUGAUAAUUUUGUAUUUUUCAGAAGAAACAUUUAAAGUGAAUUCCUCUUCUUUUUUAUUAUAAUAACCAGCUUUGGGUAUUUCAUUGUUACUAAGAUCUAUUUUUAGAAUAAAAUUUUGUUCAAGAGUUUUA